AUGUCAAAAUUAUUUUCUACGUCUCUUGUACUUGUUUUUCUAUUAAUAACAUAUACUAAUUGUAAAGUUGGUGAUGAUAUUAAACAACAGGCAAAAGAGGCAGUAAAUACUGGUGAAAAGAUAAAAGAGAAAGUGGUUGCUGGCGUCAAAGACGCUGCAAAUUCUGCCAAAGCGAGUGCUGAAUCUGUUGUCAAAACCGCCAGAGAAUCAGUAUCUGAUCAGUUAGAUGACGCGAAUGAUUUGAAAGAGAAUAUUAAAGACAAAGCAAAUGACGCAUUAAAAUCAGGACAAAAAACCGCUCAAGAUGUCAAAGAUAAAGUUCAAAAAGAAGGACAGAAAGUUGUGAAUCAAGCAGGAAAACAAGCCGAUAAAUUGAAACGACAGGGAAGUGAUGCUGGUGAAAAAGUUAAAUCAACAGUGAAAGAUCAAGCUGAAGAAGCCGAAAAACAAGGAGAGUCAUUACUCGACACAGUAUAUAAAGUUGCUGGUGAUGUGAAAGAGUCAUUACUUGGUAAGCGAUCAUCUCUUCGUUUUCGUUCUUUUAGAGAACAAACAAUCUCUAUUUUUUUCAAAUCAGUAAAAUUACAUAUCGUUCCUUAG